AUGGCGCCCGAGGCCGCGCUCGCGGACGAGGUCCUCGCGGCCUGCUUCGGUCGGCUCUCGCUGCGGAGCCAGCCUCGCAUCGCGCGCGUCUCUCGUCGGUGGCGCGACGCGGCGGCGCUCGCCUUCGCGCGGCGGCUGCGCUGGCGGAAGAAGGCCUGCGCCGCGCGGCUGCCGCUGCCCGUCCGGGCGGUGCCCGGGCGCGACGCCGCGCCGCGGAACGAGAUCCUGAACGUCGGCUUCUCGCUCGAGUUCCUCGGCGGCGGCGACCUCGUCGUGCAGGUCGUCGACCCGGACGCGCGCGCCGUGCGCGCGGCGGACGGCCACUUCCUCUUCCACGUGACGACGGCCGCCGGCGCCAAGGUCGCGGCGUCGCUCCCGCUCCCGGCUUCUAUAGCGGCGGACGGCGCGGUGGACGGCGCGGUCCCGGCCGCGUUCGCGGUGCGCUGGCCCAAGGACGACCCCAUCGCCCGGCCGGGCCUGUCCCGGGAGAAGCCCUGCGGCGAGUACCUCAUGCUCUGGGGAGACCCGUCGGCUCGCGGCAUCGAGGUCGCGCUCAUCCGCGCGGCGGACCUCGCCGCGGCGUCGCGGUUCCUCGCCGCGCCCAACUCCAGCGCCGUCGCCGCGGCGUUCGGCCGCGGCGGCGUCGAGGAGAACAUCGCCUACACGCGCGCGAGCGGGGUGGUGGUGGCGUGCUCGCCGCCGCGCGCGGGCCUGCCGCCGCCCGCCGUCAUCGUGUGGGACUGGGAGACGGGCGUGUGCCUCCAGGCCGCGGUCCUCGACGGCCUGCCGCCGAAGCCGCCGCCGCCGCCCUGGGGCGGCGAGCCGCCGCUCCGCUUCGCGGCCGGCGCCGAGGUCGAGUGCCGCGUGGCCGCGGGCUGGGCGCCCGGCGUCGUGCUCGCGCUGCGCCCCGACGACGAGAGCCCCUACCUCGUCCGCCUCGAGGGCCUCGGCGACUGCCUGGCGCCCGUCGACAGCGCCCGGGUCAUCCGGUCGCGCGCCGGCGGCGAGGAGCGGCGGUGGAACCAGCGGACGUGCGCCUUCGAGGUCGCCGCGUCCGUGUCGCUCGCGCUGCACCCGCGCGCGGCGCGCGUCGCCGUCGGCCUCUGGCACGAGUGCAAGGCCGCCGGCGUCGUCUACGCCGUCGACUUCGGCUAA